AUGAAUUCAUUUUAUAAUAUGACUGAAUUAAAUACACCAUUAGAUACAUUAAUAGAUUGUAUGAUGAUUAAAACAAAACAUUCAAAUGCAAGUUAUAUAGCAUGUAUCAUUUCAAAUAUUUAUGGAACUUUGAUAGGAUAUUUUUUCCCAAUUAUUGGAAUAUUUAAUAUAAUUACUAACAGUAUUAUCAUUGUUAUAUUUAUUAUAUUUCUUCAUCAUAAAAAUAGAUAUUUUAUAUAUUUAGGAAUAUUAGCUAUAUCAGAUAUUGGAAUUAAUAUUUUUAUUGGUUGGUUAUGGUUAUUUCCAUCUUAUGGUCUACCAUAUAUAACAUCCGGAUCUAUAUACUAUUUUAUAUUAACAAUAUCUAGUAUUCAUUGUCGUUUAUGGAAGUCGAUUCAAAUAUUCUGGUGUAAUCUCCGAGGUAAUAUGUAUAUAGUAUUAGCAUUUGAUCGUUUACUUUUAUUAUAUAAACCUUUAAAUUAUAAAGUAUCUUCUUCUAUAAUACUACUUAUUAUAAUAUUUAUUAUCAGUAUUACAAUGUCAUUACCAAUUAUAAUCUAUACAGAUUUGUUAAUAACUCAACAGCUCCUCACUUGUUGGUUUACGAAUUACAGAGUAUUACUCUCAUUCUACAAAGUGUUAUUUUCUAAUUCAUGCCUAUUUCAAUUAACACUUGUUAGUUUAGUAGAUAUAUUCUUCUUAGUAAAGAUAAUCAAAUGGUCUCAUCAACGUCGUCAUAUUAAGAAUACAAUAUCAGCUUUGAAAACAAAACAAAUAUCAAAGAUUAAAACAAUUCUUUUAUUGGAUAUUAUAUCAUUUAUAUGUUCAAUGCCAAGUAGUAUUGUUUAUAUGUAUUUAUCAUCUAAAUAUAAACCAAAUAUAGAAUAUAUACGUGUAUUAACACUACUAAUUCAUAUGUCAUGGAGUUUAAUAUUUUUACAAUCUUCAUUAAAUAUAAUACUAUAUUAUAAACGUAUAAAUUAUUUUCGUCAAAUUUUAUUAAAAUUUAUUAAUGGUCAUCAUUAUAUCCAUGGAAGAUUAUCAAUGAUUUACAAGUCAUAG